UGUUUUAAGUGUCCAUCCCAGAGCGAACGCACCAGUAGUGGACAGAGUGACACAGAGUUGUGUUUCAGUGACAGAGCUGUAUCUACAGCUGACAGAAGAACAGAGCGCUCUCCGCUCCUCAUCAGCACUUCUAGAAACAAUGGAAGUAGUUCUUACCAGACUUAGAGAUUUCUCCUGUAAAGAAACCUCUUUUGAUGACUGUAAAGCAGCAGGGAUGUGCAGGGAUCAUUCCUCAUCUCCGGAGGUGUGCAGAGGGAAGCGGACGGCUGGAGACGGGGAUUCGGGCCGACUGGACAUUGAGACUGCGCUGGCCUGGCUGAGGAAGGAGCUGAUGGAGAUGCGUUCUCAGGACCAAGCUUUGAUCCGUCAGCUGAUGGAUCUCAAUGACGGCAUUCAGGAACUGAAGCAAGAGUGUGCAAAAGCCAUAGAAGAAGAGGAAGAGGAGGAUCAUCCUUGUUGGGACUCUGAGAGUGAGGGUGGGGGGAGCAGUAUGUCCUCCUUCUCAGGAGAAAUGUGCUUUUACCCCUCCAUCUACUCCUUUAGCACAUGUAUGAGCCCCACUCCCCUCGGCUACCUGCCCAAACGGGCCUUUAGUAGACGCAGCUCUGUGCCCUGAAACCUCCAGUUCUGAUCACAUGAUUGAUAAUACACCAUGUUCCAAUAUGUAUCUUAGUGUUGAGUAUCACACAAGAACAAAUGAUGCAUUCGUUAUGUGAGAAAUUUCAUAAUGUCCUAUCGGACAAUAUAUGAAUGCAAUCUGAGUAACACAGCUGCCUCGUGUUUAGAACAUACUUUAUAUUAUAUAGUGAAAAGUUUGAAUGUUUUACACUGUAAGAAACCUGACAAAGUCUUUGGUGACAGACUGCUGAAAUUCUACCUGAAUGCAAUGAAGUUUGUUUCAUGUAAACGCUUAUAUGUACUACUUUUUCUCAUUUCACAAAACUGCCUCUUCAAAAGUGCCUGUAUGAGUGUUGCAUGAUGACAAUGACGGCAAAAACAGUUGCCGGAAUAGUAUUUUUAGUAUUUAUAAAAUGGCAUGGAACAUUUUUUUUAAAUCAAGAUGUGAAUAUUUAUUCACUGAUAAUCUAAUUCAUCCUGGAUAAAUAACUAAUGAGUUGCUUUGACAUACUAUAGUACCACAAUAUGAUAAUAAAAACAUACAAUCCUGA